CAACGAUCAAUAAUAUGCACAUGUAAGUUGGUUUUAGUUUAAUCUUUUGCAAACUGGUUUGUUUUGCUUUUUCUGACCUUCUUGUGCAAUCGAUUUUCAGGGGUUACUAUGUGGAUGAAGAGGAGCACAGAAUCACCUUUUUAUACAAGUUGAUGCCUGGUAUCUGUGAGAAAUCGUUUGGUAUGAACGUUGCUGCCAUGGCCGGUGUACCAGAUUCUAUUAUCAGAAAGGCGGACUCAGUGGCAAAUGAAUUCGAAAAGACCAACCGACUCCAAGACACCUCUUACAAGAUGGAUCUUGAUCAACCACACAUGAAUCUCACUCCAGCGGUACUCACCGAUGCCUCAUAUCUCCUAAAGGAGGAAAACCCCAAUCCCAAGGUUCUACGACGCAUUAUCCAAGGACUGUCCCAAAUCACCAAUUGAACAAAUAAAAAAUAAUAAUGCAUAUUUGUAGCUUAUCAUACCAUCAUCUGUCCAAUUUGCAUAAUAUUACAUUACUUUUCUAAUAUGUAUUGAAGAAAUUUACAUCAUCAUCACAUCGUCCUCAUCCUGAUGCUGCUGCUGCUGCUGUUGUUGCUGCUGAUCAGACGUAUCCUGGUUGAUCUGCAUUUCGUCCAACAUUUCUUCCAACGAGAUUUCAG